GCAGCUGCUGGUAGCUCUACUCACAGGCACAGGGACCUGGAGCUGGAGGACUGGGAGGACAGAUUGCUGCUUGCUGCAGCCUCGGCCAUGGACCCCCACGAGAUGGUCGUCAAGAACCCAUAUGCCCAUAUCAGCAUCCCUCGGGCUCACCUUCGGCCUGACCUGGGCCAGCAGUUAGAGGAGGCUCCCUCUUCAACCUCUGAGAUUCAGCCUCUGCCUUCAGGGACCUGUGCCCAAGAGCCAGCUGGCCUCAUGCAACCUCCUGAGGCUCCAGGGCCCAAGGGUACCAAGGGCAUCAAGGGAGCUGCCCCUGACCAGAACCAGCAGGCCUGGCAGUCACCCUGCAAUCCCUAUAGCAGUGGGCAGCGUCCAUCAGGACUGACCUAUGCUGGCCUGCCGCCUGUGGGGCGUGGCGAUGACAUUGCCCACCACUGCUGCUGCUGCCCUUGCUGCUCCUGCUGCCACUGCCCACGAUUCUGCCGCUGUCACAGCUGUUGCUGUGUUGUCUCAUAGCCUGACUAACCAAUUCCCAGGGUUGGGAGGCCCAGGCCUCUCCUCAAUGCCAAGGUGGUGCUGGACAUUAGAAGCAGCCAUCAUCAUGGUCAUUGGUCACCUCCUGUCCUGGACAGGGGCACCUGCCCACCAAGAAGGCUCAGCUGGAGCUCUUUGGAAUACAGUCCCAGGCACUGGCCAUGUUGGCAGCAACAGGGAAGGCCUUGGCAAUAAAGCAGGAUGAACUUUGUA